AUGAGCAUCACUGUGGUUCAGAGGUUGGACAGGAGGAUCAGCCGAGAGAAGCACAACUUCCAUUAUGCUUGGGAGGACGUGAGCAUCUAUCACUAUGUUCAGCCCGUCCUACCGGAGGCUGGUGACAGCAGCCCGGAAGUUGCAGCUGAGCGCCCAGCGCAGGCCCUGAAGAGCUACUAUACUGACGAGGUGGUCCGCUGCACUUUCCACGCCAAGUGCAAUCCGCGGCAGAUUGACCUCAUGUUCAAAACCAAACAGGCAUUGCAUUGCUGGGUUCACCUCCUGCAGUCCAAGCUCCUCGUGAAGAUAUCGCAGGUCGUUCAUCCCUCUUUGUCGCCCUGCGGUGUGGAGACCACAUUGCCAACUCCCUCAACGAGCUCCUUGCCCUUGCCACUGCCGCAUGCGCACUGGGUUCCUAUGGACCUGGACAGCCCACAGGCCGAGACCGUUUGGGAGCCAUCGCCCUCGCCGACUACUGCAACCUCACCCCAGAACGACGCGGAGGGUGGCGAUCCUCAGGAUCCGGUCUCGGAGGAUGCCGAGGCUCGACAGGAGAAGGACACCGAAACCUCGCGGGCAUCGAGCGUCAGGGGGCCGUCUGUCGCGAGCCGCUCUGGCUCCUUGCAUUCUUCAGAGCGACCUCCGGACUGGGCCACCAUGAGCGAGAGAUCUCUCAACAGUUUUUAUGCGGUCUGA